AUGGGCGCCAACACCAAGAAGCAAAACUUCUCCGCCAUUGAAAACUCGAAUCAACCCGUCAAAGCAUCAAAAAUGGACCGAUCUUCUGAACCCGCAAAGGACAACCAAAACUCAAAUCCAACCGACCAACAAGACGGGAAAGCGGGCACAGAUCGUGAUUCAAAAAAAUUGGUAGCAUUCGCCGAUGUUGGGUCCGGCUUCGGAGGAUUGUUGAUUGCCAUGGCACCUUUGUUUCCAGAAAAAUUUGUGACUUUGGAUGGUCAAGCAUCUGACAGAGCAUCCGCUCUUCAUAAGCCAAUCGAGGCGGAAGAGUUGAUCAAAGCCGACCCGCUAGAAGACCAACUGAUCAAAUCGAUCUACAAUCUCACCGAAGAGAUUCAUUUUCCGCUGUUGAUGCUGGCGAGCACGUUGAUGACUUUGGAGGGAUCCUCCAUGGAAAAACCUGGGGCCGGCACCGCAACACCGACUCCAAGCAGCAAGACCAUGGCGACUCCGGUUCCCCGGCGCCCCCCGAUGGAAAGGCGAACCAUCGGCCAGACCUGCCGGACAUUGUGA